GCUGCCUCCGCGUCCUUCUUCGCCCCAUCCAAACCCACGGUGCUGCGCGCCACAUUAUCUAAUAUGGUACAUAUGGAAAGUAUUUUUCCAUCCUAAUAGCAAAAACGCACGUACAAGUACUGCGAUAUCUAUUCAUGCUUGUUUUCCAAUCAAAACAUAAAAGUAAGAUACUUUAGAACCACGCCUCCUAAUGUCUAAACUCCUCCCCCAACAGAUUGACACGCCCUCUCAACAUUCCCCCUAACGUUACUGAGACUCACUGUGAUACCGCCCUAUUAAGGGAUUCCACCUCCCGGGCCACGGCCCUCUCACAACACUCAUCUUCCCGCGUGCUCACACUCUUCGCCACGCCUCCUUUUUCCUCGCCACUUCUUCCCCGCCAUGCCCCCUACCAGCCAGCUCCGCCCUCUGCGCUCGCGUUCUGCGGAAGUAGCGCCAUGUUUCGUCGCCGAGCUUUUGCUUCUGCAGUGGGAGCGAGUGAAAUACUGGGACGCGAAGGAGGUGAAGCAGGUGACCUCGCUGUAUAGUGCCGCUGCCACCGAACAGGGAGGAACGGACGUGUCUUUACAACCGUUGUUCGGCCCUUUCGACGGCGGCUCCCCGUGGCUUAAUGUUUGCUUCGGCCGUGUGGGAUCUCCUCCGGGAGGUCCCGCUAGGGCUCACUGACUGAAGUGUGUGUACGGUACCGCCCGGGAAGACGACCACCUCUACGAGCACGAUGAUGAUCAUGAUGACGACGACGAUCAUGAAGAUGACGACGUUUCAGCGGCGCUGCAGUGGUUGAAUCUUGUUUUUCAUGUUCUGUUAUCAUAUUUUUCCCUCGUCUUUAAAAAAAAAAAAAAAACAUCCUUUCCCUGAGAACAUUUAAUUCCCCGAAACCCGGACCCUCCUGCUGAAGCUAUUUAUGAAGGCAGAUGAACUAGUGGUCAGGAGAAGUACCUACCGGGUGCAGCAAAAACACAGGCUGGCCAUAACUGUGUUCUCCACCCUUCCAAUGCCCUGAAAGAUUCAGAAAGACUGCUUUGGUGUUCAUGCAGUGCAAGUGUCUGGUGCAGAGGGCCCUUAAAUUGUAAACCUUUUGAAUAUGCAUUAAUUGGAAGCAGCAGCAGGAGGAGAACAAUGAGGAAAGGCAUGUUGAGAUCUCAGCAUCCUGUGCUAUUAUGCAAACUAAUAUAGGUACGUAUAUAGAAAUAAAAGAAACAAUGUUUAGCUUUUAGAGCUCAUUACAUCCAGUGUGUACUGCUGCAUUCCCCCGUGUGGACUAUGUUACUGCCUCUCACUUCACAGGGAGAACAGUAGCCGCUGCCCGAUUUGUCCCGGAGGCGCUUAUGAAAUCACUGCAACAGAAGGCCGAUGCUUUGUCCUGCCCAUCGACCCUGUGUGGACAGUAAUGACCGCACGUUUCCGGUUGCCUGCUGGCAGAUCCUACAAUGUCCGGGCGUCGGAGCUGGCACGAGACAGGCAGCAAGCAGAGGUGCUCUGUAGCAUACUUCUCCUGGAUAACACUCUUCAUACGUUCAAAGUUGAUAAGCACAAUCAAGGACAUGUCCUGCUGGAUAUAGUGUUCAAACACCUGGAGCUGACCGAGAGAGACUAUUUCGGGCUGCAGCUGGCGGACGACUCUUCCGACAGUCCGGGGUGGCUGGAUCCCAAUAAACCCAUUAGAAAGCAGUUAAAAAGGGGAUCUCCGCAUAAUUUACAUUUUAGAGUGAAAUUUUUUGUAAGUGACCCAAACAAACUCCAGGAAGAGUAUACGAGGUACCUGUAUUUUUUACAUCUGAAACAAGACAUACUCAGUGGAAGGCUGCCUUGUCCGCACAACACUGCCGCUCUCCUCGCCUCAUUUGCCGUACAGUCUGAGCUGGGGGACUACAGCCACGUGGAGCACGUGCCAGGCUACCUGUUCGAGUACUGCUUCAUUCCCAACCCACCACAGGACUUUGAGAAGGAGGUUGCCAAGCACCAUCAGCAGCACAUCGGACUAACUCCAGCCCAGUCAGAGUUCAACUACCUUAACACCGCAAGGACGUUAGAGCUCUAUGGAGUCGAACUGCACUAUGCAAGGGAUCAAAGCAACACAGAGAUUUUAAUUGGGGUAAUGUCAGCAGGGAUCGUUGUUUACAAGAACAGGAUACGAAUCAACUGCUUUCUGUGGUUGAAGAUUGUAAAAAUAUCUUUUAAAUGUAAACAGUUUUUUAUUCAACUCAGAAGAGAAAUGCAUGAGAGCUGCGACACACUGCUGGGGUUCAACAUGGUCAGCUAUCGUGCUUGUAAGAACCUGUGGAAGGCCUGCGUGGAACACCACACGUUUUUCCGUUUGGAUCGGCCCAUGUCCCCGCAGAAGAACUUUUUCACACAGUAUUUCACCCUGGGCUCCAAGUUCCGCUACUGCGGGCGGACGGAGGUACAGUCUGUACAGUAUGGGAAGGAGAAGGCGAUCAAGGACCGAGUAUUUGCCAGAUCCCCCAGUAAACCAAUGGCCAGGAAGCUGAUGAGCAGUAUGGACUGGGAAACGGUGAGCAGGAACUCGCUGUCAGAGGAGCGGCUGGAGACCCAGAGCCUGCCCACACGAUCCCCACCUGGGACACCCAACAACAGGAACUCCAUGUUUACACAAAAAGGGAGCCGCCCACGGCCAUGUUCUGUCGGUCACCUGGUGGACCACAUGGUCCAGGCCUCGCCAGGAGAGGUUUUCUCCAACCACAAGUCAGCCUCGUCCACCCAGGCCAACAGCAUCAGUCUGGACUCCUCUCCAUCUCCCGAAUCGACCCUUGAUGGGCAGCCCCCAGCCCUCCCACCCAAGCUGUCCAAGAAGAGCUUGUACUCCCAGAUGUCUCUGUCCCAGUCACAACAGGACAUGGAUUACUGUGGUGGUGAGAUGUAUGAUGUCCAUGUGGUGCCUGACAAGUCCAUGGUGAAUGGAGCAGUCCCGCACGAUAACCUCGUCUUGAUUAAAAUUAGGCCAGAUGAAAAUGGGCGAUUUGGGUUCAACGUGAAGGGUGGUUCAGAUCAGAAGAUGCCCGUAAUAGUGUCUCGAGUGGCGCCUGGCACACCGGCUGACAUGUGUAUGCCCCGUUUGAACGAGGGUGACCAGGUUAUGCUGAUUAAUGGACGGGACAUCUCAGAGCACACACAUGACCAGGUAGUCAUGUUCAUCAAGGCCAGCUGCGAGAGCCACUCUGGGGAGCUUGUCCUGCUAGUGCGUCCUAAUGCCAUCUACGAUGUGGUGGAAGAAAAGUUGGAGGCAGAACCAGACUUCCAGUACAUCCCCGAGAUGUCGCUGCUGGACUCAAGUCAGCUGGACGGGGACGCUUGGAGGGACUCUAUGCAACAGCUGAAGGAGGGCCUGAGGAGUGGCGCCAUACUCACCCAGUUUGAUCAACUGUACCGCAAGAGACCUGGAAUGACUAUGGUGUGUGCCAAAUUACCUCAGAAUAUUUCCAAAAACAGAUACAGAGACAUCUCACCUUAUGAUGCGACACGGGUUAUUCUCAAAGGCCUGGAUGACUAUAUCAAUGCAAAUUAUAUCAAUAUGGAGAUACCUACUUCUGGGCUCAUUAACCGCUACAUUGCUUGCCAGGGACCACUGCCCAACACGUGUCUGGAUUUCUGGCAGAUGACUUGGGAGCAGGGCUCCUCCAUGGUAGUCAUGCUUACUACCCAGGUGGAACGUGGUCGGGUGAAGUGUCAUCAGUACUGGCCAAACCCAUCUAGCAGUGCCACCUAUGGCACCUUUCGGGUGGCAUGUCUCACUGAAGAAGGGAACUCUGCCUUCUUUGUCCGUGAAAUGACUCUAACCAACCUCGAGAGCAACAAGAGCCGGCAGCUGACCCAGAUCCAGUAUGUGGCGUGGCCUGACCAUGGCGUACCUGAUGACUCCACUGACUUCCUGGAUUUUGUGAGCCUGUUGCGGAGCAAGAGGACCAGCAAGGAUGAGCCUGUGGUGGUCCACUGUAGCGCAGGGAUUGGCCGGACCGGAGUACUUAUCACCAUGGAAACAGCGAUGUGCUUGAUUGAAUGCAGUCAGCCUGUUUAUCCACUAGACAUCGUGAGAACAAUGAGGGAUCAGAGGGCAAUGAUGAUUCAGACCCCUAGCCAAUACAGGUUUGUCUGUGAGGCCAUUCUGAAGGUGUAUGAGGAGGGGCUGCUCAAGUCUACACACCAGGAGUGAAGCAGGAAAGGGGUUAGGCUUGAUGUUGACAGAGCUCCCCUGGAAGGUGGGCUGGCCUUCAAACUUUGAGCCCCAGGCACCCUGAUGGCAUGUUCUCCACCACAACCGGCUCAGAACUUCUCAAGGAGACCACAACAAAUGGAGGGAGCCUUUGCACUGGAUCUUCAGAGAAAACUUUGCACUGUUGCACUUUAUUUUGAAAUAAAAAACAAAAAUCAUAGUAUGGUCAGUAGUACAGGAGACAAGUGUCAGGGUAAACAAAAACACAGUAAGGAAGGAGAUUGCUUUGUAGUGCAAUAAGUUAAGGGGCAGACUCAUGGGACUACAAUUACUAAUUAUGACUAGUUGUCCCUCUUUUGCCAACCCUAAGUCCACCAGAUCUAUUUUUUAAGUCAGAAUCUAUAAAAUAAGCAGUUUUCUGUCGGAAGGUAUUUAGGUUUUCAUGACAUGUGAAGCCCAGAUUACCAACCAACUGGGGGCUAUGGCCACUGAGCUGAAGGUGACGCUACUUGCUAGUAGCGAAUCUACUGAUUUAUUUUGUUAAAAUACAGUAGUGGAAAUGGGGGUAAGCACUUUACCUUGUUCCAGUUAUUACCCAUCAUGUGUUUUAAGAUGGUUUUUAAAGCAAAGUACUGGUAAAUCUAGAUGCCUAAUUUAUGAAUUUGUAGAUUUUUUUUCUAUAUUUAAGUUUUUUCCUCUUUUAGAAGAAUUGUACUUUUUUUAAUAGCAUACAAUAGAAAGUUGAAUGAAACUUGUAUUUCUUUCACAAAAAGUUUUAUGUGUUGAUUACUGGGUUUAAGUUCAGAUUAUAGAAUAGUUUUAUACAUUAUUAGGAUGUCCCUUUCAACCAUACUACACCAGAAGUACACUGAAGUUUUAAUACAGUAACAUUAUGUUAUUGAUUUUUGGAGUGGGCUCUGACAAAGGAGGAGUGAAUUAUUUAUUUCCCAUCCUGCUGAAUAUUUGGCCAACAUACUGAGCUUUAGAUUUCUGUGCUGUGAGCACAGAGCAUGGUUCCGCUGUAACUGUAUCCCUGUCCCCUAAGCACCAGGUUCCUACCCAUUAGCCGUUGCUCAACCAAGAUGCAGUAUUUUAAGGACGUGCUCCCAUAUUAGUUGCAUACCAUACCCUCUGUGAAAACAGUUCUUCAAACAGCUAAGAGGUGACUCUAUAUCAGAGGACUGGCUUCUACAGGACCAACAGUAUUCUUCAUCUUGGAUGUUCAGCAACCUGCUGUGUUUAAUUAGCUGAGUGUUGGGAGAGCAAAGGCUAUAUAUUUGCUAUGGGAUUUUGUAUUUAAGGAAAAAAAGACCUUUUGUAAUCAACACAUUUCUUCAUGGGAAUGGACAGCACUUUGCAGCUAGCUGUGUGGCCUUCACUGCCUCUCAUGUUGUCAUGGGGAGAAAUACAAGGACAUUUUACUUAACGCUACUAUUUGUUAAAAAAAGGGCAACUAGAGGGAAGAAUUUGAAUGACACAGUGCCACUUAUUUUUCUGUAAAUUAAGUAAUGUAAAUACAAUGUUGUAUAGUAAGAAGAAAUCUUUAAAAU